GCCGUGAACUUGUAAACGAGGAUUACCGUUAAGAAGGAGAUGAAAUGGCGGGUAUAGAUGUGAUCUAUGAGAAGAUUCACCACAGACACAACCUGAGGUGGACUGUGAAUGAUCGGACCUGCAACAGUGUCUGUAUCGCCUGUGUUAUUGAACUGAUCGACACCAAAGAUGUAUCGGUUGUACGUAAGUCGGUGGCACUGACCGGUGUGGGAGAGCUGCUGAAGACUGAAGGACUGAUGAAGGAAGUCCUGCAGCAGGAUGAAAGGAUCUGUGUGCAUUUCAUCUCGUCGUUACAGAAGAUGCUGCAGUGUGUAGAAGAUCCAGCUGUACUGGAGAAAGUCAUUCAUGUGCUGGUUCAGCUGUUGUUGGACCUGAAGACAGACGAGCCCGUGCAGCAGGUUCUGGAUGAGCUCCAAACACAAUUGUGUGAUGGGAAGGCGUUUCUCCCGUGUGUGACGCUACUGGGUAAAUUACUGGAAUCCAUUCCUGCUGUGUCUCAAAUAGUGUCCACCAAACACUUGUGUGUGUGGGAGUGUGUGUGCGCGCGGAUGUGGAGCUCAGACGAGGACCUGAAGUCGGCGGGGUGCUACGUGCUGCGCGCGGCGUGGGAGUCGGAGGCGACGCUGCGCUCCCUGCCACACGCGCUGAGGGACAGAGCGUGUGUGUUAGUGCUGCACACGCUCACACACGCCUGCAAGCACCAGCUCACCGUGAACUGCCUGGGACUGUUACUGGCGAUGCUGCGUUCAGGAGAGACGGUGUGUUUCCUCAUUAACCUGAAAGAAGAGACACAGUGUGCUGAACUCCAACACUCGACUCUACCACUCGUCUUAAAGAGGUUGCUGUUGGGUGCUGACGAGUCUCUGCAGGUGGCCAGCGUUCAGUGUGCGUGUGCAGUACUGAAUCACUCCACUCAGUACUGCUCUCACUUCAUACAGGCUGAUAUACCAGAGUUCCUGUUCGAGAGGAUGAACAGCUGUAACGAGGUUCUCCUGUGGUGCGUGUACAGAUGUGUGCGGCUGCUGACCGAAGACGCUCUGUUUUUCUCACAGUGCCACUCUGUUUAUGGUAUUGAGUCACUGGUGCGCAGUCUGAAGACGGCACUGAAACUGUCCAACCUGGAGGUGGUGAAGCAGGGGCUACAACUCCUCACCGCUAUACUGGACAAGCAGCCAUCCAGCGUGCGCCUCUUCCCCAUUGGUGAAGGAUUUGUGGGCGUGGCUGACGUGAUGAUAGGGGGGAUGGCUUCUUCUUGUUUCAGAGUGGCAACACAGGCAGCUCGGACAGCUACCGCACUGCUGAAGAGGCAUCACCAGUCCACUCCAGUGCAUUAUGGGGAACUGAAGAAGAUCAUAGAGGCCGUAUCAUCCAGAUUUAAAGAGCUGCCCUCACGUACCAUCUCACAUCGCAGAAGAUGCUUCGCUGAAUCGGAGUCCGGUGCCUCCGUGGCCGGAGCGUUUUUAAUCCAGGCGCUGACGUGCUUUCAGGAAGCCUGCAGGCUGGCCGAGGAGUGUGUAAGUGAAGCCGGUGUGAAGGAGAGCACAUUAACACAACCAGAGCAAAAGAACGAACACACACUGGAGUCUGUGUGUGUGUGUCUGCUGCACUGCUGUGACACAGUGUACAUCCCUGCAGUAACUAGGAUGAGUGAGCGGAGUCCCAGUCCUCAGGUCCUGCAGCUCUUCCUCUCCGUUCUCUCUCUACAGUUCAGCCUCUCACCCGCAAUGAUGCCAACCUUCUCCUCCAAGCUCGCCUCCUCUGGGUUCAUCAGGCUGGUUGUAGAGAACAAAGCUCUUCUCUGUUCAGGAAACAGACACACGUCUCUGAAUGCAGCCUGCAGUCAUUUUCUUCUGAAACUCUGCACCUGCCUCAUCAAUCAGCCACACCCAGUCACCUGCAGUCAACACCAGGGUGUGGAGGAGGUGGAGUGCGUGUUACAGGAGUGUUUGCCGUCUCUGUGCUGUCGCCCGUGUGAUUGGUCGUCUGCGCUGGCUGAGGUUCCAGCAGCCAAUCAGAAUGCUCAGUACUGCUUACUGCACCUGCUCUACCUCUCACUGUUACAUGGCGACAGGAUGCUGCCUGAUGCUGCGGUGUUCUCCAGCGUCGGACACUUCAUGUGUUCGGUGCAGGAAGAGCGUGAUGAUCUUCCUCAGUCGGUGCUGCAGUCAGUACUUUAUCUGCUGUCAGUAACUCAGGACAGCAGCCCUGAUCUAGACUGGGCUCCACUGAACAGCAUCAGUAAAGCCCUGUCGUCCACUCCUGCGUCCUCCUCUCCUCUCUCCUCCCCUCACCCCUCGCUCCUGCGCUUCAUCUUCAGAUACCCCGAGCUGGCUGAGAGGUUCGGAGCGACGCUUCUGGCUGGCUGGAUGAAGAACGGAGCAGAACCGAGCGGGAAAGAUCCAGAUGUGGAAUCAUCGGUGCUGUUGGAGCUGCUGGAGAAAAGCCCUGCUACAGUAUUAACCAUGCUGGCUGCAGCGUGUGAGCUGGAGGAAGCGGCAGGAGAGCGUCUGGUGGACGUCAUCAAGUGCUUCCUGUCAAAAGAGAAGAACUGUGACUCCGCCCCUUUAACUCAGAUCAAGCAGGCUUUACUUCAGCUGCUGCAGAAGCUCACCUGUGAUAGCAGCACAGUUCCACACUGUGCGUCUCUGGUGUUGAAGGUUCUGUGUGUGAUACAGAAGAACUCCACAGCUCACACUGACAUGGACCAUACAGACUUUAAACUGCUCUAUCAUGUGAGUAAUCUGGUGGGAAAGGUGAAGUGCAGUAACACUGAUUAUUUGCUCCCGGCAUUAAAUUACCUGUACUGCUGUCUGGUCCUGUCUCCCACACACACUGCUGAUAGAGUUGUAUCCAUGUUGUUGUGUAAUACAGGUCUGAUGGAGUUACUGCAGACUCUGCUGAAUCUCUCUCACUCCUCCUCCUCAUCCUCCUCCUCUUACUCCUGUUCUUCAUCAUCCCUGCUGUCCUGUUCUCUCCUUCUGCUCAGCUCCCUUAUUACUCUACAGCACACACACUCUGCUCAGGUGCAUAAGAGUGUGUGUUUGGAGUUUGAGAGUGUUGUGAGAACCCUCGCCUUCUUUAAGAGACACACGGACAGUCUGCUGCUGGUGUGUACGGUGCGGUUGGUGCAGGUGCUGCUGGACGUGGAUCUGUGUUCCCCUGUAGUGGGCGUGUCCGAGUACAUGGAGCUCCACCCACUCGGUCACAGAGGAGCGCUCAGCCUGGUCACAGCGCUGCAGAGUCUCCUGCUGCAGAAGCAGGAGAUGUUGAUGAACGCAUGUGUGAACUGUCUGAACUCACUCAUCAUCUAUCUGCACAGAAUGAGACCGGCUAUAGUGCAGCACGUGGUGUGUCAGCCGUGGAAUCGUUUCUUGCUUUACUCGCUACUGAACUCAGGAGAGAAUCUAAUCCUGCACCCAGCAACACUCUGCCUACUCAAACUGCUGAUUCACUGGUGUGGAGAUGGUGUACGGUGGGAGGCGGAUGUUAUAGGAGUGUGUGACGCUGCUGAGAGGAGAGGAUUCGAAACACUGGACGAGAACUCCAUACACACUCUCAGUGUACUGCUGACCGAGUGUAGUGAAGCGUCUCUCUCUGAAGAUGUGAAGCUGAGAGUGGAGAGUGUGUUACAAUCUCUCAACCAUCUUCCUCCUCCUCCUCCUCCUUCAGAAACCAGCAUCCAGCCACUAAUUGGAGUGGGAGUUUUGUCCAUCUGUCCUGCUGACUUCACACUGAAUCAUUGAUCUACCUACAUCACAACACACACACACACGCCCACUUACACACACGCACACAUACACUCUCAAACUCAGCUUUAUUGGCAUGACAAAACAAAGCAGUAAUGAGAACAAAAGUGUGUGUGUGUGUGUGUGUGUGUGUGUGUGACAUGGUCACCCACUGUCCCUCACCUGGUGUGUGUGUAGAGUGCUGCCAGUGUGCAGUUCUCUCUGUGCCCCCCCCAGUAGGUGGGACAGAUUGUCGGGGUCUGGGAGGGAGUUAAACCCAGGGUUGAUGAUGUUAAAUCACACACACACACACACACACACACACACACACACACACACACACAAUGCUGCAGUUUGGAGGGUUUCUUGAGUCAGUUUUUUGAUUCUGCACUGUUUUUAACCCACAAAAUGUAAAUGUUCCAGUUUGUUAUCGUUUAGAAACAGUUUAUUAAUCUGAACAACCGAAGUUUAGUUUUAUAUGUUUCUGAGAGUUUUAUAAUAGAACAAAUGAAGCUCUGUAGAAGGUUUAAAAGAAAUCAUUGAUCAGUUACUGGAAUGUUUAUAAUCCUGUAGCUUUGUGUUUUCAAGAUCUGUUUUACUCUCUGUCUGUGUUAAGGUGCUCAUUCGUUUGUAGUUUUUAGUAAAUGUUGGCUUUCUUUAUGUGUUCAUCACGUUUUACAUUCUGGAUUAAACGUUCAGAUUUGAACUAAAAAUAAAAUAAUACAAGAAAAAGCUAAACAAAAUGAAUUCAAAUUCAGUGAGUUUGCAUGUGUCUGUGUGGGUGUCCUGUGUGUGUGUGUGUGUGUGUGUGUGUGUGUGUGCAAUGCUGUGUUUGUGUGCAA